AUGCUCAUCAUGAGAUACCUCAAUGCUACUUCCCUUGUCAUUCUCAUGUCGGCCUUCGUCCAUGCUAGCCCCAUGGAGUCGAUUGAGAGGCGUUCCUUCGUUGACCCAAUCAAGCAUGGCAACUAUGGAAGAUCUCUGGACAAGAUAUAUAGAUACCAUGAAGUUUCAGCCGGCUUAUUUGCUGGCGUUGCACCCGAAGACUGGGACGACACUGUUCACGUCAAGGGUGCCUGGUUGGCUGAGCGUUCUGAAACCAACGACUCUCCCCCAUCUGACUUGGAUCUCUUCAAUCGAGAUAUCUCUUCUGCCUGCGCCACUGCAUUGGAGUGCGCCAAGGCUACUGGACAGGCCCUUGGAUCAACUCUGUAUCAGCUCAGCGAGCCGUUCAUCGAGAAGCUCAAAGAGAAAGGUCCCCAGGUAAUGGACACAUUGAACCAGCCAUUCUGGGCAAACCUUGGCGGCGUAGGUGGGCAGAACUUUGUCGUCACGGGCAUUUUCAAGCUUAUUGAGAAGCUGACGGAUAAGCCACCGCCCGUGGAACAGUGUUCGUUGGAUUUCUCUCAAGUAGAUCUCAUGAAGCAGAUGGUUGCUAUGGCUUGCUCGUCGAACCCGGAGAGAAAGGCUUUUUCGCAGUCGAUUACGUUGCCGGAUGGGUCGGUUUAUGAGCUGAAUAUGGCUGCUGCGCCUGGACAGUCUUUGCACGAUUCUGAUGUUUGCGAUGCCCCAAACACGGCACGCUAG